AGGUCGGGAGCAGAUGGGAGCAGAUUCACUUUGAUCCGAAACUCCCGCCGGCCGGCAGUGUUCAAUGUUCACUGUUCAGUUCAUUAGUGUUCAAGGCCUUUCAGACAAGAUAGGGGCGUGUCAGGUGCGCCUCGAACCUGAAGAGGGUAGAAUCGGUUACCUCUUCAUACUUUCAAAAUUUUAUAACGCUACUCAGUUAUUAUGAAACUCUCUGAGGGAACAGUUAAGACUUUUGUUAAUGGAGGCCAUGUUAAACCUCCGUUUAUCCUGCAGCUGUUGGGACACGAAAAAAUUGGAAUAUUUAAACGUGAACAGUACUCUCUCAUACUUUCGGAUGGUGUAGAUUCUGAUCUCUUUGUGAUCCUCUCCAUACGUUUAAAUGCCAUGGUCCAUCGUGGAGAUCUAGCAGACAACGCUGUUGUUUGCAUUAAUGACUAUAUUGUUACCAACCUAUCAGGAGGGCAUGGUGGAAGAUUUAAAAUGUUGAAUAUUACGAGUAUGGAAGUAGUCGCACCUGCCAGUAGACGUAUAGGUAAUCCUCGGUUUGCAAGAUGGAGAAAUUCUGUUCAAAAGCCUAAAGGGGAGGAUUUGCUAGAUGACUUACCACAGCUCACUAAAGGAGCACUAAGUGCUAUUGUAGACAAAGGAGACAACGUAGACUCCCCAAUAUUGCAGAUUUUAGGGAAUAAAAAAUGUCCGGGGAAGGAUCCAAGGUAUCGACUAUUGCUAUCAGAUGGUGUAAAUGCCUACAGCCAGGCAGUGCUCGAUUUAGAAUUGCUUCACAUGUUUCAUGACGGAGAUUUGAGUGAUUACUCUAUCAUCUGCAUCAAGAGAUAUGUCACACCUUCUGUACCAAGCCCUAUACCAGGCGAAGCCAUAUGUGUCAUAAUUAUACUAGACCUUGAAGUUUUGGUAGCAAGCAGUGAUGAGCCGGACCUGCGGAAAAUUGGUGAUCCCAAGCCAAUGGAGAUAGAGAUGAAAUGUGACUCCGUCGUGCAGUUGAGCGGGUCGAGCGGGUCGAGCUGCAACCAGGUACCUUGUGGGGGCAGGGCGACGUACCGGGCGCCGUGCGCGUGCUCGGGAUGCUGGGAGCGCAACCGGCCGUUCAAGGAAAAGGCGCUGCAGCUGCUGGGCCAGCUGGGCCAGCUCCGCGACGCGGUCCUCCCGCUCAACGCCGAGGACUGGGCAGCGCCCCUGGCCCUCACGCGGUGCCGCGGCGGGGAACUCCGGCUGGACUGCCCGCCUCCGACACUGACUCCCUGACUGUAGUGAGCGUUUUGUACAUUUUACAACACCUGUUGAGUGCGAAGUUUGUGUUACUUAUUAUGUAGAUAAUAUCUAUCUACUU